CUACAGCCCCUUCUAUCCACAUCUGGGACGCAGUAAACAAGCAGACUUUAUCUAUCCUAAGAUGCUACCAUUCGAAGGGAGUAUGUUCAGUCAGCUUCAGUGCUACUGGCAAACUAUUGCUGUCAGUGGGACUAGACCCAGAACACACUAUUACCAUUUGGAGAUGGCAAGAAGGUGCCAAAAUUGCCAGCAGAGCUGGUCACAACCAACGUAUUUUUGUGGCAGAAUUCCGACCAGACUCAGAUACACAGUUUGUCUCUGUGGGAGUCAAACAUGUGAAGUUUUGGACCCUGGCAGGAAGGGCUCUUCUUAGCAAAAAAGGGCUACUGAGCACACUGGAAGAUGCCCGCAUGCAGACCAUGCUUGCUAUUGCAUUUGGUGCAAAUAACUUGACGUUUACAGGUACCAUCAGCGGUGAUGUCUGUGUGUGGAAAGAUCACAUGUUGUGUAGAAUCGUAGCCAGAGCUCACAAUGGGCCUGUGUUUGCCAUGUACACCACCCUGAGAGACGGACUUAUUGUGACUGGUGGCAAGGAAAGGCCGUCAAAAGAAGGAGGAGCAGUUAAACUGUGGGAUCAGGAACUGAGGCGAUGCCGUGCCUUCAGGCUUGAGACUGGACAAGUCACAGACUGUGUUCGUUCGGUGUGCAGAAGCAAAGGCAAGAUACUAGUUGGGACAAGGAAUGCUGAAAUAAUUGAGGUUGGAGAAAAAAAUGCAGCAUGUAAUAUUUUAGUUAAUGGCCAUGUGGAUGGACCAAUCUGGGGACUAGCAACACAUCCUUCAAGGGAUUUUUUCCUUUCUGCUGCAGAAGAUGGGACAGUGAGACUCUGGGAUAUUGCUGAUAAAAAGAUGUUAAACAAAGUGAAUUUGGGACAUGCUGCUCGUACUGUGUGUUAUAGCCCUGAAGGAGACAUGGUGGCUAUUGGAAUGAAAAAUGGAGAAUUUAUUAUUUUACUAGUAAGCUCUCUAAAAAUAUGGGGAAAGAAGAGAGACAGACGAUGUGCAAUCCAUGACAUCAGAUUUAGCCCAGAUUCCCGGUAUCUGGCAGUGGGUUCUAGUGAGAACUCAGUGGAUUUUUAUGACCUAACAUUGGGCCCCACCCUUAACAGAAUCAGCUACUGCAAAGACAUUCCAAGCUUUGUCAUUCAGAUGGAUUUCUCUGCAGAUAGCAGAUACCUCCAGGUCUCCAGUGGCUGCUAUAAACGGCAUGUGUAUGAAGUGCCUUCAGGAAAACAUCUUAUGGAUCAUGCUGCCAUUGACAGAAUUACUUGGGCUACAUGGACUAGUAUUCUAGGAGAUGAAGUUAUGGGAAUCUGGUCCAGGCAUGCUGAGAAAGCUGAUGUCACCUGUGCCUGUGUAUCUCAUUCAGGAAUCAGCCUUGUAACAGGAGAUGACUUUGGCAUGGUUAAGUUAUUUGAUUUCCCAUGUCCUGAAAAAUUUGCAAAGCACAAAAGGUUCUUGGGUCAUUCACCGCAUGUGACAAAUAUUCGAUUUACCAGUGGUGAUCGACAUGUUAUUAGUGCUGGAGGUGAUGACUGCAGUUUAUUUGUCUGGAAAUGUGUACAUAUGCCUCACUGAAAGAUAUGGAUGUUGAGAAGACUACACAAAUUAACAGCCUUGAGUGACCAGAAUUAGAGGAAAAAAACCAAAACCAAACUGCAUGGUCGAGUGGUGCUAACCCAAGGUUGUUCACAAGGAGAAAUGUCCAGUAAUCAUCAAAAUAGUUGAAGAUUGAUAAAUUCAAAAUAUUGCUAUAUGUACUGGAUAACUGUCCAUAAUCCAUACACUGCCAGAUAAUUACAUUUCAAGGAAGGAUUAAAUAAAUACUUGAUGGUAAAAGCCAGCCCCGCUUUCUCAGGGAGUGUGCAGUUUUGGCAGACCUGAUGUGGAGAUUUAGAGUACAGCACUCCUCAAAAAAAAAAAAAAAAAAAAAAAA